UAUGAGCAUGGUGUACUACCUUGUUACGGAGCUGUCUAACAAAGUGUGAGUAUACUAGGCGAUCCAUCAUUGUGAAUCAAAUCUGACCCCGCGUAACACUGACCUGAUGCUUCUUUCUAUUCCAUUACCAAUCCUCCUGAAGGCUAACAUCAAACCGCAAGGUCAGUGCAGGUAUAUCACACAGCGAGACGCAGCGCUGAUGGAUCGCAAGAGACUUAUGAUAGCGGCAUUGCUCUGCUCAGGGCUGUUCGUCUUUGUGGUAUCUAUCAUCCUCCUCGUCUUGACGCUAGGAGAUAUCAAUCACAUGAAUGCAUUGGCCAUUUGGGCGUUUCGUGAGAUGGUUCGUCCCACACACCCCAUAGAUGCACAAUCACUGACCACGAAACACGCCCCAUGCGUAAAGCUACUUUUCUCUUCGUCAAGCUGGAUGAGAGGUUCUGGAAACAGUUACGAUAAAAAGCGCACUCCGAACGGCGGCAGGGGUGACAUCGUCCUACGCAAGGUCAACAAAGAUCUAUAUCCAAUUACGAAUCUAUCCGUACAUGCGAGCACUAGCAGAUCAUCCGACCGAGCUCUGAAGGCAGCAACAAAAAAUGCGAGGCAGCAGACCAAUCGAAGAUGCAAAUUCAAUGGACUACCGAGUUUGAAGUUACGAGCUGGAAUCCAGUUGAUGAAGCAGAGCACGGGAAACAAUGAUGAAAGAACAUGGAGUGAUUAGUAUAAGAUCGUCUCGGGAGAGGAGAGUCGCAAUUAAAAUCAGCGUUGAACAAGGAGAUGACAUUCGAGUGACAUGAUCUUAUGAUUCUUCAAUAAAUCGUUAUAAUAAAGCCGAGGCAACACUAGUACAGGAGCAGAUCACUGAGUUUAAACCUGGCUUUGGGUGUUCACAAUCCACGCCGUACCAUUACUCCUCACAACCUCCUCACUCGUCUCCUCCCCAACCUUCACCGUGACAUUGAACCCCGUAAUAACCGGCCCCGAGCUCGCACCAUACAAACUGUACACACCAGCGCUCAGCACCAAACUGC